UAGGCUGGCAGGGCAAUAUCGGCGUGCACCAACAAGCUCGAACAGACUGAGGUCGCCAGUGAGGGAUAAUAGACGCAGUGUCCCCUUCUCUUAUGUCGUUCUGCCGUACUAGAAAAUUCCUUUUUUUUACAUAGAUUCCUGCUGGAGAGAAGUCUUUGACAUAACAUCUGCAGGACUGCAAUGGAUUUUCCUGAAACUAAAGGAUGUUGUGAUAUUGAACUAGAUCAGCCAGAAAGAGAACCUGAGCUUCAUCUGUCGUUUAAAGUGAUCGCUACAGGUGAAGAAUUCAAUCAACAAGCUGAUUUGCUGGAAACGAACCAUUUUACGUCUAAAAUGGAAAGCCAAGUGAGUAACUCGGAAGCUACGGAGCCAAAUUUAGAAUGCGAGACCAAUUUUUGUCAAACAAGCAAAGGUUUGGCUAUUGAUGAUAAACAGGAUAUAAUUCAGGUCCAAAACAACGAACUAUUUAACCAAUCUACUUCGGAAUUGCAGAAUGCAAGCAGACAAAAUGAAGGGCGUGAAGGGUCGGAUUUUAAAAUAAAAUCACUUUCUCAUCCAAAGCAGCAUGGAUGUCUUUCACUAUCCCACGACAUUAAGAGUGGAAAUAUAGAGAAAGAAAAUAUUCGAGGCACAAAUUUUGACCUAGACUGCAAUGUUGAGGACAAAAAAAUAGAAAAAACAGAAAUCGAAGAACAUCCUAGCGCAGCAGAAGCGGCACUAACUAGCGUGAAAACAACUAACGAUCUUACUACUAUGGACGAUUCACUAAAGAAGUUGAACACCGAAGAACAAGAAAGAGGAGGAUGGAGCAAUGAAUGGGAUUUUCUGUUUUCGUGCAUAAGUGUAUCAGUUGGAUUAGGAAACAUAUGGAGAUUUCCGUACCUGUGUUUCAAAAAUGGCGGUGGAACUUUUUUGGUCACCUACUUCACUGCCAUGAUUUUUUGCGGUAUUCCUAUUUUUUAUCAAGAAGUAGCUAUUGGACAGUAUUUGGGGGUUGGAGGCAUGACGUUGAUCGCUGAACUGGUACCAAUUAUGAAAGGUGUACAUUUCAGUGCCAUAACCGUUGUGUUUUUGAUCGAUAUCUACUACUCCAUCAUCAUUGCAUGGACUUUGUUUUAUCUGAUUGCCUCAUUUACCGCUCUUCCAGGUCUCCCAUGGCAAUCUUGCGGGAACCCAUGGAACACAAUCAAUUGCUUUUUACCAACAUCCAAUAUAAGUGUCUUACACAACGGAUCAGUCUCGGCGGUAGAAGAAUUUUGGAGUCGACGAGUAUUGGGAAUCACCGAUGGCAUAGAUAACGCUGGUUCAAUGCGAUGGGAGCUUUUUGGUGUCCUCAUUCUUACUUGGAUAUUAGUCUACUUUAUUAUAUGGAAAGGAAUCAAUCAAAGUGGAUAUAUUAUAUGGUUUACAGCCUUGUUCCCCUACGUCAUCCUACUCGUGUUGGUCAUAAGAGCAGUUACAUUAGACGGAGCCAGCGAAGGACUCCUGUACUACAUAACUCCAAAAUGGGAUCUCUUACUUACAUCUGGACCCUGGAUUGAUGGCGCGACCCAGAUAUUUUUCGCCUACAGUAUUGGAACUGGAGCUUUACCAGCGUUGGGCUCGUACAAUAAAUUCAAGCACAAUUGCUAUCGAGACGCGGUUAUUACGUGCGUUGUAAAUACCCUAACCUGCUUAAUUGCCGGUGUUGUUACGUUUUCAAUAAUGGGUAAUAUCGCUUCCUCAACCAACUCGUCAAUUGAAUCGGUCGUUUCAUCCGGACCUGGUCUAGUUUUUAUUACCUAUCCUGAAGUUGUUUUACGACUCCCUGGAGCUGCAAUUUGGGCCAUAUUGUUCUUCAUAAUGCUUGUGAUCUUAGGGAUUGAUAGUGAAUUUUGCAUGAUUGAGGCUUUCGUCACUGGGAUCGUUGAUAAUUGGCCAAAACAAUUGCGGAAGUAUAGAAGACUAUUUGUGGUUUCUACUAUAGUUGUCAUCUUUUUGCUUUCUCUACCAAUGAUAACUGAGGGAGGCGUAUACCUAUUUCAAGUGAUGGACUAUUAUUCUGCAAGUGGAAUGUCCAUGUUGUUCUUAGUGUUCUUCCAAACGAUUUCCAUCAACUGGAUUUUUGGAGGCAAACAAUUUUGCCAAUGCAUCGAACAAAUGCUUGGCCAGAGACCUUCAUGGUUUUUAUACAUCUCUUGGGUGUUUCUGGCACCUAUCGUUAUGCUGUCCAUAUUUAUAUUUUCCAUUGUACAAUACGUGCCAGUAACGUACGGAAAUGGUUACCAGUAUCCAAAAUGGGCGGAAAUUUUAGGGAUUUGUAUAUCGCUGUCCUCUAUGCUGUGGAUACCGCUCUAUGCAGUUUACUAUGUACUUUUCACACCAGGAACUUUACGCGAGGUGUUAACCAAAGGAAUUACACCCGCAUUAAAGGUUCGAUGUAAAUUAGCAGCACAGGAGGGAACGCAACAUGUUAUCGAGGAUCAAUUCCAACCAUUAUCAUCAUUUGCGGAUGAUCAAUUGCAUGGUAGUAUGGGUAAUUCCACCGUCUUGUUGGUUGAUAGUGACAAUGCUAAAUUGUGACGAACUAUUGUAUUUAACUUCUUGUUAAGAUAGUCGAUUCUAAUAUAACAAAUACCACUAAAUAAAAUUGUAGAGGCAUGUGGUUAAAUAAAGGUUAUGAAAUAGAA